AGCAGAACAAGAACACACAGGACAAGAGAGAAUAUAUCUGGAGCGACGAUUUAGGAGUUUAUCCCAAACCUACAAAAGGAUUUCCUCAUCUCAAGUUUACAUUUGCUUGAAUCGUCCUUCUUGUUUUUUGGGGGAAAGAUGAUGUUCACCGGUUUCAACACGGAGUGCGAUACCUCCUCCCGCUGCAGCACUGCUUCCCCGUCCGGAGACAAUCUAUACUACCCCUCUCCAGCGGGAUCUUAUUCCAGCAUGGGCUCUCCCCAGUCUCAGGAUUUCACUGACCUGACAGCAUCAAGUGCCUCCUUCAUCCCCACUGUCACAGCUAUUUCGACAAGCCCGGAUCUGCAGUGGAUGGUCCAGCCUUUGAUCUCCUCGGUGGCCCCUUCACACAGAGCUCACCCUUACAGCUCCAGCCCCAGCCCUGCUUACUCCAGACCAGGCAUGAGGUCUGCCUCCAGGGUUCACAGCUCCACCAAGAGAGGCAAAGUGGAACAGGUGACACCUGAGGAGGAGGAGAAGAGAAGAAUUCGCAGAGAGAGAAACAAACAGGCAGCAGCAAAGUGCCGUAACAGAAGAAGAGAACUCACUGACACUCUGCAAGCUGAAACUGACGAGCUAGAGGAUGAGAAAUCCAGCCUGCAGAACGAUAUUGCUAAUCUUCUGAAGGAGAAGGAAAGGCUUGAGUUCAUUCUGGCUGCUCAUCAACCCAUCUGCAAAAUCCCCUCAGAGCUGGACAGUGACUUUGCCAUGGCUUCCAUUUCUCCCGUCCAUGCCUGCCUGUCCACCCAGCCACAAACAACCAUCCCCAGUGCAACCACUAUCACUUCCAGCCAGCCAACCUUCACUUCAACCUCCAACUCUAUCUUCUCCAGCAGCACCCCCGUCCUCUCCACCGCCACUGUCUCCAGCAGUGCGGUCAAGAUGACAGACCUGGAAUCCUCAGUCCUGGAGGAGUCUUUGGACCUGCUGGCAAAGACGGAGAUGGAGACGGCGCGGUCGGUGCCAGAGGUGGAUCUGUCUAACUCCAUCUACACAACUCAGGACUGGGAGCCCCUUCACGCCUCAGCCAAUAACACUGACUUUGAGCCCCUGUGCACACCCGUGGUGACCUGCACACCAGCCGGCACCACCUACACAUCUUCUUUUGUGUUUACCUUCCCAGAGGCAGAGACCUUCCCCACUUGUGGCAUUGCCCACAGGAGGGGAAGCAGCAGCAACGACCAGUCCUCUGAUUCUCUCAGCUCCCCAACCCUGCUAGCCCUUUAAACACUCUUCCAAAAGACAAUAAUACUUCCUAUUAAGCACAUUUUCUUAAUGUAUGAGAUAUAUGUGCAGAUCACAGGGCUAUGUAUGGAAUGGACUUUCACCAGGAAGCAAAUUAUUUAUGAUUUUAUUCGCCUUUAUCUAUACUUGCCUAUUACACCAAUGUAGCAAGUUAAAAAGCAUGUUUCAACUAAUACCACCUAGUCGUUUUAUGAGUUCCUAUAUGAUUUUAUGGUGCUAGAUAACAAUUGUUGUAGUGUUGAUGUGUUCAGAGCAAUAGUUAUUAUUGAUCCAGUUUGUUUUCUGGUUGAUGGAAUGUGAGAGUAAUUGUGAACUGUUUGUGAAGACAAGAAAAAAAAUAUAUAUAUACUUAAAACGGACGUGCUUUGUCUUAACCAUGAUGGUCUGAGUGGUCUAUUUUUGAAGUUUUCUGUGAAAACAUUAGUGUUUUUAAUUUAUGAAAUUUCAAUUUAUUUUUUUACAGAGAGAAAGUGAAGA